CACAUGCGCCGCCGUCGCAGCAGCAGAUCCGGAGGUGUUGUGAUUUGGUGGAUUUCAAAGGGUCUGCAUCGGUACUGAUUCGCGUGGUUCCGAACUGUCAGUACAUCCAUCUCGGUGCAAGAUGGAACCAGGUAGACAUGCGGUUGUGUGUUGUCCGCCUCUCUAGUCGUUCGGGCUGCAGCGUUAGCAUGUAACGUUAGCAGGAGCUUCUGGACAGCCUGCUCCAAAGGAAGAAGCUGCGGGGUUUGGAUCUAUUUUGAUAUUUUUUUUCCUGUUGUUGUUGUUUACUGGGAUGCAUCUCUCGAAGAAAUGUUCCGCUUUCAAGGUGGUGCUGAGUGCUCUGCUGAUCGUGGCGCUCCUGCAGCUCAUCUACCUGUCCUUCCUGUCCAAGUUCCACGGCAAGCAGCAGCGGUACCGGUACUCCGAACUGUUCGGCGGCUCUGCUUCCAAGAAAAACGCGCCACCUGAGAAAAACACCCGGAAAGAGCGUCUGAGGUACUCACUGUCUACUGGGGGGAUCUUUGACAGCAGUGGUCAAUACAGGGUCUACAAGAACUUGAUCAAAAGCGAUUUCACCACCAAUCAGAUAUCUGGCUCAGACCUAAACUCCAAUGUCCUGGCUUUGGCCACACACACUACUAUUAACAAUCUCCACCACUUAGAGUCACUCCUGGAAAGGUGGCAGAACCCUCUGUCUGUGGCUAUCUUUGCCCAUGGAGAUGAUGUGAAGUUUGCUACAGCUCUGGUCUAUGCUCUCAGCUUCUUCUGCCCUCACAUCCAAGCUCUGGUUGACUUCCACUUAGUCUGCCUGUCAGAGGAGAUGGCCAGUUUCCCCGAGCAGGACCGGGAGCAUUUUGUUGGCCUGGAGGACUGUCCCUCUGUGUACUCCAGACUGGAAACCCACAGAGACAAGUACAAAAACUAUGACAUCAACGGGAACGUCUCCUACCCCAACAACCUCCUUCGAAACAUCGCCCGGAGCGGGACGGAGUCCUCCUACAUCCUGGUCAUCGACAUCGACAUGAUGCCAAGCGCCGACCUGCACCAGCAGUUUCUCACCAUGGUCAUGAAGCGCCAACCGACCAGCGAUGAGGUGUUUGUCCUUCCUGCUUUUGAGAUUCGCCAUGCCAGGAAGAUUCCAGCCAACAAGGCGGAGUUGGUUCAACUCUACCAGGUCGGUGAAGUUCGCCCGUUUUACGAAGAGCUCUGUCCUCGCUGUCAAGCCCCCACCAACUACUCCCAGUGGGUCAACAACCAUGUGAGGGGGACAGGCACCCUGGAGGUUGCGUACACGCUCACCUGGGUGGACCCGUGGGAGCCUUUCUACAUUGGACCUCGCACGGUCCCCCUAUACAAUGAGAACUUCAAACAAUAUGGCUUCAACCGUAUUAGCCAGGCCUGCGAGCUCCACGUGGCUGGAUACAAGUUCUCUGUACUGAGCUCUGCCUUCGUCGUGCACCGCGGCUUCAAGGUCCAGGGGGAGUUCCACGCCAAGAAAGAUGAAGAAAACAAACACAACCGCGUUCUGUUCCGCAGCUUCAAAGAGGGCCUGAAAGCCAAAUACCCAUCCUCCAUGCGACGGUGUUGAGAAAAAGACAAAGUCCUCUCAUAUGCACUGAAGCUCUCCCUGCUCAGAUUUCAAACGUCCCAGUUUCCUUGAAGCAUCUGAUGAUGCUACACAUUUGGGAGUUUUAAAUAGUAAGUUCAAGUCUUUGAAAAAUAGCAAACGUUUUCUUGAGACUAACAGGGACCGAAACUGAGAAAUGAUUAAUUUAUUAUGAAAGGGUACAUUGCAUUUCAUUUUUGAAAUGAACUAAAAGUUUCCCAGAUUAAGAAAAGAUAAAUAAAGAAAGCUUGUAUAUAGGUGUAAAACAAAGGGGUCCUGCCACUUAAACCUCAUACAAAACACUCUAAAACCUUUUUAAAUACUGACAUCUCAUCGAUACAAUGUAGCCUUGACAUUUGCAGUCUGACAUCCAGCUUUUGGCUCACUGUGUGAGAGCAGAGCAUGAAGCAGACCUGUGUGUUUUGUACCUUUUGGGUGUUUUUUCUUAAGUUUUAUAUAUAUAUAGUGCACCACAAGUUAUGCUAUUUCCCUUAUUUCAGACAUCAGCAAAGGAAAUGUGCGUUGUGUUUAAGGUGAUGUGUAGCAGACAGACACACACACAGAGACAGCAAUAUCAAUAUGCAGAAAAGCCAGUAGUUUUAGGUGCCAUAAAUUGCUUGUCUGGGAUUUUUCUUUA